AUGACCACUCAGGACGUUACCUCCAGUGUCCCGAGCAAACACGACUUGUCAGCUCUCCAAAUGGGGCCUCAAAAAAAGGUUUCCUCAUCCGAUCUGCUUGUCUCUCAUGGACGCCACUUUUGUCGAAUGGUAUUCGUGUUGUGCAACUACCCUUCCUUACUCACCAAUGGCAUCUUAAGACUGGAGCUACUGGAGGAUACCCCUUUGGAGAAAUUCUCUGCUGAAGAGUGCCGAGAACAUUACAUCUUUGAGCAACUCUUAGACUCAUAUCCCAGCCUUCUGGAACGACUGAAAGAUGGAUCUGAGGAGGAAAUACUCCACAUUGGAGAACUGAUUGGUAAGGGAGCUGCAGGUGCCAGAGGGGAAGCUAUACAACCUCCUUUACAUCGAAACUCCAAGAUUGACCGCAGUUUUAACCACGAACUUAUGGGUUCUCUACUCUGUCCCACUGGAUUGAACUGGAAUAACCCUCAUCUGUGGGGAUCAAUGACCCAUUUUUUGUAUGCCCACCGUACUUAUGACCCUGAAGACCUGUGGUGUGGUCUUCUCAGGAGCCACUUACUAGUGUUUGCUUACAAGUAUGUUUUCACGUUCCCAAGAAAUGUUCGCCUCCAUGGCAUAAAUUCUGUUACCAUCACUUCUGUGGCUUAUAUCACAACUCAGGUGCAAUUUGCUCUCAGCUCAUCCUCAGUUUUCUCAUGGACCGACACAACCAUGGACUCUGAGAUGUUUUAUCAUAGCCUUCUCAACCUCUUAGAAGACCCUGAGGAAUGCCAAGAAGUUGAUGAACUGCUAACCUGGUGGAAUCACCAAGUAUUUCCCACUUCCUCUGCUGUGAAGAGACCUAUCAGUGCCAACAGCACCUUAUCCAAGAUCCAACAAAAAUGCCUUGCCCUCAAACAAGCCACAAAUCAGGUUACUGUAUCUCCAUAG